CUAACUGUUUCGGAACCUCRUCAUCAACUGCAUUUUGAAUCUGUCAGUAGUCAACAACAAAUCAUCGAUUAUCUCAAUUUAUCGGCACAAUGAAGUUAUUAUCGUGCCUACUUGUGGGAUUCAAAUGGCAACAACGGUCGCAACUAACGCCGAACACUUUCUAUGUGGGAGGGCAGAAAGGCAAGACGUCGACAGGGUUCCAAUCCCAACUAGCAUCGAGUUCUGUUAGCGUGGAGGAUCGAAAUGAGAAGCUUUCAAAAGUUCUCAGUACAGCGGAAAAUAUUGGCCAGGUCGGAUAUCUCGCAUCCGAAGAAGAUCAAUUGUUGAUGGAGGAGGUUGCGAAGGAGGCGAUUCCGUUUUCGCUAGACAAGCCUGGCAGAUUUCAAUUGAAAGGGGAACAUCAGCUGGUUUACAGUGCGGCAGAAGGAGCAUCGUCCGGCCGAGUCUUUGGCAAUGUAGUAGGAAAAGUUUCCCAGUUGUUCGAGGACGACGAAACCUUCUACAACCGAGUACGUUUCGGACCACUUGAGAUUUCUCUCCGAGCGAAACGCGAGAUCAAGAACGACUCCACCAUCAAGGUAACUUUUCUCGAAACAUCUUUUAAUCUUUUUGGCAAAACCUUAAAAAAAGGAGAAGUCAGUGGCGGCGGAGGUGAGUGACGAAUGAAUAUUUUGUGACUGAACAAAAAUCGAUGUUCAAUAAUUGUUCUGAAUGCUGGUAUCUAGUCGAUCAAGCUCUUUUCCUAGAAUCUUAUCCUAUGUGUUUGUUGCCAUACAUAAUCAUCGGUACUCCCCUUUCAAUGUACACAAUUCCAGUGUGGAAAGUAAAAUUUGUUGGUGAGGUUGAGGACGAGAAAGGAGGGAAAAAGUUGGUCAGAAUCAUGGAAACUCCAUCUCUUUUUAUUCUGGAGCAAGAUUUAUGAUCAAAUUGUAGUACGCAAUAAAUAUCCUUCUAUCAGAGACCAUUGGUUGUACAAUUCGACAUGCACAUUAAUGAUGCCACUCGGGAAUGGAUGAAAACCACCGUCGCUGACUAAGGAAACAAAAAUAAUUUCAAUUAUAGUUU